UUAGCGUUUGCCAUUUGAAAGUGAGAAAGAAUAUAAUGAAGUUCAGUACGCGUUUCUUGUUGCUCGCCCUCCUCGCUCUGUGGGCCACCACAGUGAUGGCUGCGGAUGGCGAUAGCGAUGAUGAUUACACCGAUGCAGACACUGACACAUCAGCUACAGAUGCAGCUUCAGAUACAGUCUCCUCAGCACCAUCAUCUACAGAUUCUGACUCCGAUACAGAUUCAUCGGUAUCCACCGCCGAUACGGAUUCCGAAACCGAGUCAAGUGACGAUGAAACAACCACCGCAGCUGCAGUUGUGCGACGCACCACUCGCAAACGCAGGACGACCAGCACCAAUCGCCGGACCAGUCGCAACACGAAGAACAGGCGCAACACCAGACGCAACAACAACAGCAACAGACGCGCCGCUAGCAGACGUCGUGCCAACAACGCGCGUCGCAGGCGCGGUUAAACAUUGCAACGAGACCAAUGCACACCAAGCCUCAAAUGGACCACAGCAAUUAGCCGCCGUCUUUCCACCAUUUUUUUUCUGCUCCCUUGCAAACAUUUUUGUAUAAUAAAUACUUUGAUUAACGUCGUAAACAUUCAACUAGU